CGUGACGAUCACUCUAACAGCAAUCCAAACAUAACCACCCGCCCAAAACCAGAGGACGAAAACGGGACAUUCUACAAGCAAUUCAUAAUAGCAUGGGGCGAGCCACAAGCCAGUAUUCUCGAACGGGGCGAACUCCUCACACUCUCUCUCUCCAAAAUAUCCGGAUCCGGUUUCCAAUCCCGAAAAGAAUUACUAUUCGGUAAAAUUGACAUGCAAAUCAAGCUCGUUCCCGGAAACUCCGCAGGCACAAUCACAACUUAUUACCUAUCGUCGCACGGCGAUCAACACGACGAAGUCGAUUUUGAGUUUCUCGGGAAUUCGAGUGGAAAUCCGUAUACCGUCCACACAAAUGUUUUCGCCCAAGGAAAGGGUGAUAGAGAGCAACAAUUCUUCCUAUGGUUUGAUCCAACUCAAGAUUUUCAUACUUACUCCAUUCUUUGGAACCCUAAAUCCAUUGUUUGGUACGUGGACAAUGUACCGAUAAGGGAAUACAAGAACGCGGAGAGAUUAGGCGUACCGUUUCCGAAAAAUCAGCCGAUGAGAAUAUUCUCGAGUUUGUGGAACGCCGAUGCGUGGGCUACUCAGCAUGGCAGAGUGAAAACGAAUUGGACGUUAGCACCUUUUGUGGCUUCGUAUAGAAAUUAUUCGGUGGACGCGUGUUUUUGGUCGAGAUUUACGAGGAGUUCGUCUUGUAGCGAUUCCGAUUUCACGACGAAAAACGUGCUGAAAAUGGAGUUGGAUAGGAGGAGUAGGGCUAGGAUGAAGAAGGUGCAGAAGGAUCAUAUGGUGUAUGAUUAUUGUACGGACAAAUGGAGGUUUCCUAAGGGACCUGGUCCUGAAUGCAAGAUUAAUUAAUUAAUUAGUCA